AUGGUUAAAGUUGCAGUAUUAGGAGCCGCUGGUGGUAUUGGACAACCAUUAUCCCUUUUGGUCAAGCUUCACCCAGCCGUUAAGCAAUUAUCUCUUUUCGACGUUGUUAACGUGCCAGGUGUAGGUGCUGAUUUGUCGCACAUUUGCUCUGAUUCGCAAACCACUACCCACUUACCAUCUUCAAGAGAAGACAAGACCGCUCUUGCUUCUGCCUUAAAGGGCUCUGACUUGGUUAUUAUCCCAGCAGGUGUGCCAAGAAAGCCAGGUAUGACCAGAGACGAUUUGUUCAACAUUAACGCCGGAAUUGUCAAGGGAUUGGCUGAAGGGAUUGCUGAAAACUGUCCAAAGGCAUUUGUAUUGAUCAUAUCCAACCCAGUCAACUCUACUGUUCCAAUUGUAGCUGAAACUUUAAAGAAGGCCGGUGUCUUUGACCCAAAGAGAUUGUUUGGUGUCACCACUUUGGAUAUCGUUAGAGCCAAUACUUUCAUCUCUCAAUUAUACCCAGACUCUACCACCCCAUCCCAAUUCAACAUCAACGUUAUUGGUGGUCACUCUGGUGAAACCAUCGUUCCAUUGUACUCUAUCGGUAACUCAAAGAAGUUGUACGAUGAGUUGGAUGAAGAGAAGCAAAAGGCUUUGAUCCACAGAGUCCAAUUCGGUGGUGAUGAAGUCGUCCAAGCUAAGAGCGGAGCUGGUUCUGCUACCUUAUCUAUGGCUUAUGCUGGUUAUAAGUUGGCCGAUUCCAUCUUGAAGGCUUUGACAUCUUCCGAGUCCAUCGUAGAAUGUACUUUCUUAAACUUGGAUUCAUCCAUCAAGGGUGCUGCUGAAGCUAAGAAGUUGGUCAAGGGUCUUGACUUCUUCUCCUUACCAGUCUUGUUAGGUAAGAACGGUAUUGAAGAAGUUAAGUACGAGAUCUUAAACGAAGUUAGUGACAGUGAAAAGAAAUUGUUGGGUGUUGCUAUCGAACAGUUAGAGAAGAACAUCGAAAAAGGUGUUGAAUUCGCUACCAAAUAG